AUGAUUAUGAUACAGAUAAAAAUAUUUGGUGAAGCACAAUAUGUCAAUGAUUUACCAUCACAACCAAAUGAAGUUUUUUGUGCUUUUGUAUAUACUGAAUAUGCAAAUGGUAAAAUUGAUAAUAUUGAUGCAAAAAAUGCACUGGAAAUGAAAGGAGUCAUUGCUUUUUUAACUGCAAAAGAUGUACCGGGUAAAAAUCUUGCAAUUGAUUCAAAAAAUAAAGAAAUGUUGAUGAACUAUGAUGAAAAGCUAUUUGCUGAAAAAGAUAUUGAAUAUGCUGGCCAACCAAUUGGAAUUAUUGUAGCAGAAACACAUGAACUUGCAAAUGAAGCUGUUAAAAAAAAUCAACAUUUAUCAUGUGCACUUGCUUGUUAUAUAUUAAAUCGACCAACACGUUUUAUUAUGUCGAUAGAGAGUAAUAUGAUGUGUAUAGGAAAAAGAUUUUCUGCAAAACAAGAAUAUAAUGUUGGAGUUGAUUCAAAUGGUAUAAUACAAUAUUUAAAUGCUAAAAAUUGGCAUAAUGGUGGUGCAACAUGGAAUGAUGGUGUUUCUGAUGGUACAAUUAUGCAUUAUUAUUCAUGUUACAAUAAUGAUACAUGGAAUUGUAUUGGUUAUCAAACGAAAACUGAUAUUCCACCAAACACAUUUGCUCGUGCACCAGGUUCAACUGAGGGUAUCGCUAUGAUUGAAAAUAUAAUGGAUCAUAUAUCGCGUAUUGUUAAAAUUGAUCCAGUUGAAGUACGUCUCAACAACAUGAAUUCAAUAGACAAAGAAGCACUAAGUACGAUGAUAGCAGAUCUAAAAGUAUCAUCAAACUAUGAAACUCGUCUACAUGAUAUUAAACUUUUCAACAAUAAUAAUAGAUGGAAAAAACGUGGUAUUUCAUUGAUACCAAUGAAGUAUCCACUUGGACUUUGGGGACAAUUUAAUGCUUUUGUCUCAAUAUAUGCACGUGAUGGUACUGUUUCAAUUACACAUGGAGGAAUCGAAUGUGGUCAAGGUAUACAUACCAAGGUUGCUCAGGUUGCAGCAUAUACACUUGGUAUUGAUCUUGACAUGGUCAAUGUCAAGCCAACAAAUAAUAUGACAUCUCCAAAUAAUUCUGUUACUGGUGGAUCAAUCACUUCAGAAUCAUCUUGCCAUGCAACAAUGAUUGCAUGUAAAGAAAUACUAUCAAGAUUAACACCAAUUAGAGAAAAAUUAAAUAAUCCAACGUGGAAAGAAUUAAUAUUUGCAGCUUAUGAAGAAAAUAUUGAUUUAUCAGCAAAAUGCAUGUUGCCCAAUGAUCCACAUAAAGGCUAUCCAAUUUAUGGUGCAACUGUAACCGAAGUUGAAUUGGACAUAUUGACAGGCCAACACUUGAUUAGACGAGUUGAUUUAUUAGAGGACACUGGAACAAGUUUAAAUCCGGAUAUUGACCUUGGCCAAGUUGAGGGAGCUUUUUGUAUGGGUAUUGGAUAUUGGACUUCGGAAGAUAUUAUUUAUGAUCCAAAAACUGGUCUUUUAACAAACAAUCGUACUUGGAAUUAUAAACCACCUGGGGCAAAAGAUAUUCCCGUCGAUUUUCGUGUAUCAUUUCGUCGUAAUGCACCAAACCCUUUGGGUGUACUUCGUUCAAAAGCAACUGGCGAACCACCACUCUGCAUGAGCUACAGUGUUGUCUUGGCAAUUCGACAUGCACUAGAUUCAGCUCGUGAUGAUGCUGAAAAUACCGACUCUUGGUAUAACUUGGAUGGUCCAGUAACAACCGAAAAAAUUCUAUUAUCAAGUCUCACAACAAAGGACAAUAUGAUAUUAAAAAAAAUAUAA